AUGUCACAUACCGUCCCAAAACUUAAUGACCCGACACUGUUCAAGACCGGAGUUGCGUACGUUAAUGGAGAAUGGGUAAAGGCGGCUUCUGGACAGACAUUUGAGGUUACUGAUCCAUCUACUGGAAAGUUCAUUGGCAAUGCUCCAGAGUUCGAUGUAGAUGACACGAAGAAAGCAAUCGAUGCCGCAGCCGCAGCUUUCCCUUCAUUCAGAACUACAACAGGACGUGAGCGAGCCAAGCUAUUACGGAAGUGGUAUGAUUUGAUGAUCGAAAACAGUGAGGAUCUUGCUAGACUUAUAACAUGGGAGAAUGGAAAGCCUUUGGCGGAUGCAAAGGGAGAGACAACAUACGCAGCCAACUUUUUGGAGUGGUUCAGUGAAGAAGCUCCUAGGAAUUAUGGAGAUGUUAUUCCAUCAUCCAUUCCUGGAAACAGAGUUAUCACUCUAAAGGAGCCUGUUGGUGUCGUUGGACUUAUUACGCCAUGGAACUUCCCAGCUGCCAUGAUAACAAGGAAAAUUGCUCCUGCAUUGGCAGCUGGUUGUACAGUUGUUGCAAAGUCUCCUGGUGAAACACCCUUCACCUCCCUUGCCCUCGCCGAACUUGCGCAUAGAGCAGGAAUUCCUAAAGGUGUAGUCAACUUUGUCAGCGCUCUCAAGAACACACCCGCUGUAGGCGAGCUCCUCACUACUUCGCCAAUCAUUAAGAAAGUCUCUUUCACUGGAUCUACUGGUGUGGGUAAAAUUUUGAUGAAACAGUCAUCUUCAACAUUAAAGAAAUUAUCGUUUGAGCUUGGCGGAAAUGCCCCUUUUAUUGUCUUCGACGAUGCGGACCUUGAUGUUGCAGUAGCCGGCGCUAUUGCAUGCAAAUUCCGUUCAUCUGGACAAACUUGCGUCUGUGCUAACCGCAUCUUUGUACAAUCUGGAAUUUAUGAUGCCUUUGCCGAGAAAUUUGCCGCAAAAGUCAAGGAUUUCAAGGUUGGAGGUGGCUUCUCCGAUGGUAUUACCCAUGGGCCCGUUAUUCAUGACCGUGCUGUCGACAAGGUGGAAGCCCAUGUUCGAGACGCUGAGGAGAAGGGAGGAAAGGUCAUUCAAGGUGGACAGAGAAUUCCUGAGCUCGGAGUCAACUUUUUCCAACCUACUGUCAUCACUGGAGUCACUCCUGAUAUGGAUAUCGCGAACGAGGAAACUUUUGGCCCCGUUGCCGGAUUACUUAAAUUCGAUACCGAAGCAGAAGUGGUUCGAAUUGCAAACUCUGCCGAUGUCGGCUUGGCAGGCUAUUUCUUCACCAAAGAUGUUGAAAGGGCCACUAGAAUCUCGGAGGAGUUAGAACUCGGAAUGGUUGGUAUCAAUACUGGCUUGAUUAGUGAUGUUGCAUCUCCAUUUGGUGGUGUUAAGGAGUCAGGAUUUGGACGCGAGGGAAGCAAAUAUGGAGUUGCAGAGUAUCAAACCAUUAAGACGGUCACAAUUGGAGGCAUGGGCAAGCCAUUGCAAAGUUAG